AUGCCUACAACUCUUCCUUCGAGCUUCGCGUCAGCCGCCGCUGGCAACACCCAAGACCCCAGUAGGAGAGGGGAUGGAGGUGCCGGUGGAGAAUGGUAUGCAAUCAUGCCCUGUCUUCCCCUCCCCAAUGCCCGCGUGUCCGGGUCCCGCACUCGCAUGAACGGAGCCACUCAAACCUUCCGGCGCCCUUCUGUCGCUACCAACCCUUCCCACACCCGGGACGGUAGCCAGCCUGCAUCUGCCUCGAUGUCUGCCUCCGGAGCCUACAUGUCUCCCCACAUGAGCUCAAAUACUAUGUCUAGCGCCAUGCGGAACGGGGAAGCCCGAUACUCCAAGGAGCAACUCCUGGAAAUGUACAAGGCACAGCGGGAUUCCGGAUCCUUGGGUAAGAACGUGGAGGAUUAUUUUGUGGCCGACUGGGACCCUCAUAUGGUGUCAACCCCCGUGAAUGGGGCGUGGGGGAAGCGAGAUGACCAAAAGACCUCCGCAGGCCCUGAAGUGUGCUGGGAUCACGAUGGUCAGGCAGAGCCGCUUGGAUUGACUGAUAUGUCUGAUGGAGAGAAAGAGUUGUUCUCCGCCUCGGUCAAUUCGCCUCUCAAGCCGCCGCCCACGAACGCCUCGAAAGACAAUACUGCUCCGGGAUCUGGUGGUCGCAAAGGGUCCAUCUCCUACACCCAGGGUCACAUUAAUAACUACAAUACUUCUUCCCCGAAUGCUGCCCGUCCGGGCGCCCGACGCCGAGAGACUGGCGACUCUGUCGGCAACCCUAUGUCUCCUACCGCUCUGUUGCGUCGGAAGACCGACUUCCGAGAUCCUAAACCGGACGAAAAAGCGAAGGAAGGCGGGCCAGAUGCUGCUUCUCCCUUCGGUUCCUUGAAACGCAGCUCUACAAAUCCUUUGAAUACAGCCGUAGGUGGACCUAACUCUCCCUGGGGAGCCGCGUCCGCUUCUCAAAACGCCAACUUUUCUCCCAUGGGCGCAUUUGGGGCUUUCUCCCUCGGAUCGAAUAACGCCGCGCAAACUCCCACGACCGAGAAGAAGGCCGGGUUCGGAAGUCUCAGAGGCGAGAGCAGGUUCAAGGGCUUGCUUCCCAAGGACAGCUCGGAGGAUAUUGCGGGGUCUGCGAGGGACAAGGCUCUUGGCAACCUUGAGCGUCUUACUGAAGAUGAGGCUCACUCACGCUCGCAGUCUCCGUGGGGAGAUGCGCUCAAGACUCGUGCUUCUCGGAGCGAAACCAACCCAUUCGAUGAGCCCCGCAGUGGAAGUGCUGCCCUCGGUGGGUCUCAGGAUGUGGAGGUUCCGUCCCAGGCAGACCUUGGUUUCGGUGCAUUCGGCAUGACAUCGAGUAUUCCUGGGUUCCGGGAGCUGAUGCAGAGCCAUGAGAACUCGCGGAACCCUACCCCCAGCCUUCUUCAGGGGCAUGAGCCGACUAGUCCGACCAAUACAAACCCCUAUCAGAGUCCGCACGGUGAUAAAUCCACAGCAGAUGCGGAGGAUGUGGACACUGAUGGAUCUGAUAUUCAGCAGCCCCAGCACCCUGGCCUGCGUGGCUUGCGUGAUCCUGGCAAUCCAUUUGGCUCCAUGAAAAGAGUUGGUUCAGGUAUGGAUCUGCCUACGAUCGACCGCAGCCAAAACUCGAGUGUCAACGCCAAUCGGAAUUAUCCCGGCCUGGGCAGCCUGGGUGGUCUCUCUGGCUUGGGCGGACCCUCUGCAUGGUCUGCAGGCGGUGCUAUUGGCACUCCCACUCGCGAGCGUUCGGCUUUCGGGGCAUUCGGGGAUCCUAUCUUCGGAUCGAUGGGCGGUGAUCUUCAGUCUCCAAGCCUGUCCGCCCUUGGUGGUGGCGGUUUCUUUAGCCCGCAUGCUGGUAUCUCCGGCACAGCAAGCAUUGGCAGAUCUAGCAAAUUGGGCGCACUCUUCUCCGGAAUGCAAGAUGAUCAAAGCCGCCCCGAGUCCGUGGGUAUGGACGAUCUUCUGAGACAAGAUCCGACACAUGGAUUGGACGGAUCGGCUAGUAAACCUGGAUCGAACUCAGCCUCUCAAACACCAGUUUCGGCAGUUGGUUCUCUUCCUGCAAAUAUAGGCCAUGAUAUUACCGGAACCCAGACUCCAGGUGGUUCGGUUUCUUCCGCCCAGCAGCGGACCAUGGUUAUGCCUGAUCGAAUGCGCUGGAUUUACCGUGAUCCGCAAGGAAACAUUCAGGGGCCCUGGACUGGACUUGAGAUGCACGAUUGGUUCAAGGCUGGAUUCUUCAGCCCUGAAUUGCAGAUCAAGAAGCAAGAGGAUAUCGAGUUCGAACCACUCGCGCAAUUGGUCCGACGCAUUGGGAACUCGCGUGAACCAUUCCUUGUCCCUCAGAUUGGCAUCCCGCACGGACCGGAACCCAAUGGUCCUCAGUGGACCGGUGCCGUACCUGCCGGCUCUGCUCAACCUCCAUUCCCUGGCAGUUUCCCGAGCUUUGGCACGACUCUGACAGCCGAGCAGCAGAAUGCACUGGAGCGUCGUAAGCAGGAGGAACAGUAUCUGAUGGCUCGUCAGAAGGAGCAUCUCGCUCAGCAGCAAGCCUUUAUGAAGCAGGUGCACCCUGGUGCGCCGGCAUCUGGCCAGCCUCCACUUCAGCACCAGACCAGUGCCCAUAGCCUUCACAGUCAGCCCAGCUUUGGCAGCAUCGCUUCUCCUGGCGCGUAUCAGCCCUCUCCUAUUCAGGCACCAGGCCAAGGACAGCAGCAGCCCCAGCAAGUUCCAGGGUUCUUUGACGCCGCUGGACCGCUCAGACAGAGUGGGCUCCCAGGCACCACCCCUGGGAUGCUAGGAACCGACAUCGGUCACCAAGAUCAGCUCGCUGCUCUUGUUGACCGUCUGAAUGUAGGCCGACAGGAUCCAUUUGCUUUCGGUGGGACAGCAUUCUCUGGCCGUCAGCCCGACAACUUCCUCCACGCUCAACAAGUUGCAUCGAUGCUCCAAGAUCGGGCCCAACUGCAGGAAGAACAGGAGCAAUUCGAUAAGAACAACUCUGAUGAUCUCUUUGCUCAGCAGGCUCGCGAGGAGCGACUGCGUCAGUUCAACGCCCUACGAGCCCAGGAGGGUGACAUGGUGCGCACCGCGGAAGGACUCCCCACUCACCCCGCUGCUGCGUCUUUGCAAUUCGAAGCUGAGGCUGCCGCCACAAGCUCGGAAGUCGCAGCGGAGACGCUUGCCUCGGAGCCUGAAACCUCUGAGCCUGCGCUCACUCUAUCACAGCAGGUUCACAAGGCUGCCUCUGCCCAGCGCCAGCAGCAGCAAGAGCACGAAGAACAGGCACCCGAGUCGGUUUGGGGAAACAAGGUGGAUCGUGCUAUGCCUCAGCCCUUCCCUCCCCCUCCCUCUGCCUCGCCUUUGCCGGCACCUGCGGCCCAGCGUAACCGUCAGAACGUCGCCGAUGCUCUUGCCGCUGGCUCUCGGUCCCAAACCCAAACUCCUGUUGAUGCUCCUGCCACAUCUGUUGCGCCUUGGGCGAAGGAUACCCACGAGGUGCCCAAGGGACCUUCUUUGAAGGAAAUUCAGGAGGCCGAGGCUCGUACCGCUGCCCAGCGUGAGGAAGUCGCCGCGGCCGCUCGUCGUGCACAGCUGCUCGCCGAGCAAGAACGUCUCAACCAGGCCCAGGCCCAGGCUGUUCCUGGUCUCCCCUCGUCGGCCAACUGGGCCAGCGCUGGAUCGCCUGGUCUUCCUACCGUGACUACCGGCUCCGCAUGGAGCACCAAGACCCAGCCUGCCCCCACCAACACUGCCACCAAAAAGACCCUCGCUCAGAUCCAAAAGGAAGAAGAGGCUCGCAAGCAGCGCCUGGCCGCUGCAACUGCCGGCGCUGCCGUGACUGCGACUUCCAGCCCUCCCGCGUCUGCCAGCAAGCGCUAUGCUGAUCUCGCCAGCAAGGCUCCUGCUCCUUCCGCCACCGCUGCCGCCCCCACUUUCUCCGGUGCUUGGACUACUGUUGGUGCUGGUGGCAAGGCUAAGGCCCCGCCUGCUGCACCCCUGGGCCCCCGCUCUUCCAGUGCAUCGGUGCCCGUGGUGCCUACUACUGCCCCCAAACCUCGCCCUGUUGUUGCUACCCGCACUGUGACCGCAGGCAGCGUCCCCCAAUCCAAUCCCAACCAGGCUGUUGAGGAGUUCUCCAAGUGGGCCAAGCUCACCCUUAGCAAGGGGCUGAACAGCAACAUCAAUGGUGAGUAA